AACCAAUCAGUGUUACCGACGUUUUGUGACAAGCGUGCGUGCGUGAUUAGCCUCUGGUCCAAACCUUGGCCAAAACUACUCCAAUAAUAGCAAUCAAAUCGAUUAGAUACUUUUAUUUUCAUGUGAUUUUUGCCUCGCACCUAUAGACAUGUUAGGUUUCGUUGUAUUUAUGCUUACAUUCAUCUGGUCGGCGACGGUAACGUUACCCUGCCUGGGCUAUCCCGCGUCAGAAGCUCCGCCGGUGCAGCCCUGUCUCGCUCCGUUACAAUGGGAGGGUCGUACCGUUGAAUAUGACCACAGCACAGGCAGAAACACACGGGCAGCGGUCUCCUACGAUGCUCAGAAUCAACAAAUUAGGGUCCUGGAACAGAAGACAGGACACACACCAUGCAAGAAGUUCUACGAGUACAUCUACCUGUACAAAAGUGGAGUGUAUUUUCAGAUUGAACAAGUUACUAAAAAUUGUGCAAAACUCGCUCUAACCGAGGCCUGGGACCCUUAUGACGUCCCUCUGAACUCCACAUAUGAGGAUCAGUACUUCAUUGGUGGACCUGGAGACACGAUUGAGGUCCAAGAAUGGUCUGAUCGUAAACCAGCUCGCAAAAAUGAAGCCUGGGUGGGUGUGUACACUCUAAAGGACUGCUAUCCCGUGCAGGAGACAUACACCAAGAACAGCAGUGUGACAACGUCCACUCGCGUCUUUGACCUUCAGAUGGGCAUCAGUGACCCUGGGGUGUUCAUUCCACCCAGCACCUGCCAAUCAGCGCUGUCUGAGAAAAUGGUGCCUGACUGCUGAACACCUCAUUUAUCUCUGCUCCUUAUUAAUAAACACCAGGGCUAUGCGUUACAUAUACUCAAUAUACUCUAGAUUAAUCAUAAAAAGUAGACUUACAUCUUUGAAAUGUACUGAUAUUACACUGCAAGGGAAUGAUUACAGUCACAUAAACAUAAUUUGGUGCAAUUACAUUUCCCAAGAAUAUUCAUAUUCUGGUUUUACUGUCAAUGUCAUUGUUCUAAGCACAAUUGUAACGUUGAAAUAUGGAAAUGGUGUUUUGCUUCACCAGGGUGAACUAAUUUAGCACUUUAAUUUUAGAAUUAAUUAUCAAUUCAACUACAUAUUAAAAUGAUUUUUAUUUUAGAAAUAAUCAGUCCGACUACUUUAUUUCAUUCUUUCUUUGAAGCAGAUUUACUGUGUGACUGCUGCUUUUACAUUUUGUUUUCAGGUAAUUUGAAUCCAAUAAAAUGCUGUUGUUACUACUGUUGUAAGUUUUUCUGGUUGAUGAAUCACUAUUUGCCUUAUUAUUUGAAAACAUAGAAUUUUGUGUUGUUUACAGACAGUGUAGCCUACAUGGAGCAAUAAAACGUUUAAUUAAAACCUGACUUUUAUCUUUACAUGAUGUUUACGUUGCAUCUUGAAUUACUUUAUUAAUAACAUAUUUAUGCUAGCAGAAUAUUUCAUUGUCAAAUAGGGAAAUCGCGCUCUUAUUCAUGGUAUAUAACUAAAUU